CAUAUUCUGAAAAUUUCGGGUCAUUUGGUAAAUCACUCCAAAAGUUAUUCCAUAUUAACCACCUGCCCCUCAGCCCAGCCAGCGCAUAUAAACGGCGGCAGGGCGGCACUCGUAGGCAAAAGCACGUUUUUAAAACGGCUGCCUUCAAAACAGGUAGGGGGCGUAUCGUUGUGCGAGGCGCGCACCCGCGCCCUACCUGUCCCUGCGGGGUCCGCCGCAGGUCACGGACGGGUUUUUACCGGGACCGUGUUUCCCGCGAUUGACGGUGAUGACGCUGAUACAGAGCAGGGCUGCAUUGUUUACACUGCAGCCCUGUUCUGUGUCAGUUCUCUGACAGCUUGUGAGAAGCUGCAGAGUUUCUCU